CUUCUUAUGCAUCAUAUGCCCAAUUAUCCAUUAGUUUAUGCUGCCUUUACUUUUUCCACAUUUCCAAAAAUAAAUAUUUUCUGCAAGGCAAACGGAGCCUCAGUGUUUUCUCCCCUUAUUUUCAGGUACGAGACGACUUACUUCUACGGGGAGACCACUCAAGAACCCAACGGUGAGUACUGUGAAAAUCAAAAUACAUCUCUGGCUCUGGGUGCCGCUUUCCGAACAACUGCAGAUAGCUUGUUAAGAGAUCUUCAGAUCGCAACACCAAGGAUUAAUGGUUUCUUCACUGCCAGUAAGAGAGACAUAGUAGGUGUUAGUAAUGCAUCAGUUUAUGGCAUUGCACAAUGUGUUCAAACAAUUGAUAUGAGUGGCUGCUUAGCUUGUAUGCAAGUGGCUUAUACCAACAUACAAAGAUGUCUUCCUGCGACAGACGGUAGAGCAGUUGAUUCUGGGUGUUUCAUGAGGUAUUCAAAUAAACCUUUUUUCGCCGAUAACCAGACUAUCAAUCUUGAUCCGUUCCUGAAAACAGGUGAGACUUAUCUACUUCUCUUUUUUUUCAACUUUUUAUUUGCUUAUCAAUUUUGUUGGGUUCUUACAGGAAGUUCAAGCAAAAAGACAGCUCUUAUUGCAGGAGUGGCUGGAGGUGUAGGUCUUAUUUUGCUUAUAAUUGGGUUGUUUGUAUGGUUUAAGCUUUCAAGGAGGAAGGCAGCUUCUAGAGCCAACAUAUUAGGUGCAACUGAAUUAAGAGGCCCUAUAAAUUACAACUACAAAGACUUGAAAUCAGCAACAGGAAAUUUCAAAGAAGAAAACAAACUAGGAGGAGGUGGUUUCGGUGAUGUAUACAAGGGUACUUUAAAGAAUGGGAAAAUAGUUGCAGUAAAGAAACUAGCUCUAAGCCAAUCUAGAAGGGCACAGGCAGAUUUUGCAAGUGAAGUUACACUUAUAAGUAAUGUUCAUCACCGGAAUCUUGUCCGCCUACUUGGUUGUUGUAGCAAAGGACCAGAAUUACUUCUUGUUUAUGAAUACAUGGAAAAUACCAGCCUCGACAGAUUCUUAUUUGGUAAAAGAAAAGGAUCUCUGGUUUGGAAACAAAGAUUUGAUAUAAUCCUUGGGACAGCUCAGGGUCUUGCUUAUCUGCAUGAACAGUUUCAUGUAUGCAUUAUACACCGUGACAUAAAACCCAACAAUAUUCUUCUGGAUGAUGAUUUCCAGCCAAAAAUAGCAGAUUUUGGGUUGGCAAGACUUCUGCCUGAAGAUAAAAGUCAUCUAAGCACCAGAUUCGCUGGCACAUUGGGAUAUACAGCACCUGAGUAUGCAAUCCAUGGAUAAUUAUCAGAAAAGGUGGAUACCUACAGCUAUGGGGUAGUUGUCCUAGAAAUCAUUAGUGGCAAAAAGAGUAGUGAGAUGAAAGCCGACCCUGGCUCUGAUUACCUUCUCAAACGAGCAUGGAAACUAUAUGAGAAUGGAACACACCUGGAAUUAGUCGAUGAAAGCUUAGGCCCAGAUGAAUAUGAAGCAGAAGAAGUGAAGAAAAUCAUAGAGAUUGCCUUGAUGUGCACUCAAGCUUCACAUGCUUUGAGACCAACAAUGUCAGAAGUGGUUGUUCUGCUCAAAAGUACUGGUUCAAUGGAGCACAGGCCACCAACUAGGCCUCCCUUUAUUGAAUCUGAAGAAAAGGUGGUCAUCCAUGGGGACAGGUCCACAUCCAAUGCCACUGCUUCUAUAACUCAGGUGUCGGGUCGCUAAACGUUUAGUAUCCACACAUUCUUUACUACAUUUCCUAUGAUACCAAAAGGAUGUUAAUUGGGAUACCACCGACAUAUACAAUGUUAUUCAACCACCAAUAUGCAGUAAUUACUAAAGUGCACAACUUCAAGCAAAAUAAUUUGACCAUUGAAAUGUUAUUAAUUAAAAAAAAAAUGUGCAGCAGUCAACCACAAAACCACGACAU